UGGGCUUGCUGACUGAAGUCAGUCCUUACUCACUCUGAGCUGACUGCAGUGAACAAAGGUCAUGCGCUACUUCUUUUUAUUGGUUUAUUGUUUAUCAGGUGCUAGAAGCUCAGAGCUGCUGAGCCGUCACAGGAGGGAAUGGACUACUGACUCGUUUGAGCUUGAGGAGGGUUAUCCAGGGCCAUUCCCAUAUGAGUUGGGCAAGGUGAAUAUUGAUAGGCAAAAUCAACUAACCUUCCAACUCUAUGGAGAAGGGGUGGAUGAGGUGCCGAUGGGAGUCAUCUCCAUUGACAAAGAGUCUGGCAUGUUGUACGUCCACAAGGCUGUGGACUAUGAGGAGUGGCAAAAACUUGAGCUAAUAUGUGAGGCCAGAAAGAUGGACGUGUCAACUGACACCAGACAGGUUACCAGGUUACGACUUGAGAUUUUCAUAAAGGACAUCAAUGACAACCCACCACGCUUUGAGAAUACUCUGUAUGAGACUACUGUUGAUCAGGAAAACACACAAGGCUCCAAUCUUUUGAAAGUGCACGCUACUGACAUAGACGAGAGUGGAACACUAAACUCAACCUUCCACUAUGAAAUCAAAUCUGUGUCUCCAAUUGUUAGAGACACUGAAUUCUUCGUUGAUGAGUCUGGAUACAUCUCAUUCAAAGGAUGUUUAAAUCAUGAAGUGGCUGAGAAGUUUACAUUAACGGUGGAGGCCAAAGACCACGGUGAAGUAGUCAGCCUGUCCAGCUCAACCACUGUUGUAAUUCAUGUACGGGAUGGCAACAACCACCUUCCAGUCAUCAGCGGUCAAACGGGCACUGGUAAAGUGAAGGAGCUUGAGACUGGGGUCUCUCCUGUGAGGCUGCAUGUGACAGACAAAGACACCCCCCACACCUCUGGAUGGAGAGCCAGAUACACCAUACAUGGUGACGAGAGAGAGAACUUCAAGAUACUAACAGACUUAGAGACUAAUGAUGGGAUCCUGACAGUAGUUGAACCUUUAGACUUUGAGAAUGGGGCGCAGAGGGAGCUGUUGAUCUCAGUGGAAAACGAGGCGCCGUAUUACUCCUGUGAAGUAAAAGAGAGGACGCCCUCAGGCCUCUGGAAAGUUGACACCAUUAAAGGCCAUGAUCCCUCUGGUGCAGCUGAACCUCAGUCUGUAAAAGUCACCGUUGAUGUGGAGGAUGCCAAUGACCCUCCUAAUUUCAGCAUGACCCUGAAAGAGGUCGCGGUGAUGGAGAACGUACCCGCUGGAACCUGGUUUGAUAAAGUGACAGCUGUGGAUCCUGACUCCAAUUAUUCCAAAGAGUUUGUGUACAAGGUAGGAAAUGAUCCUGCUGGCUGGGUGACGGUGGAUCCCCUCACAGGAAUCAUCACAAUGAUAAAGACGCCCGACAGAGAAUCUCCACACGUUGUUAACGGCACCUACACCAUCUUAGUGUAUGCAGUUGACAAAGGUAUACCACCAAUGACAGGAACAGCUACACUACAUAUCCAUGUGUGGGACCAGAAUGACAAUGUGCCACAGCUAACAGUGGACAGCCUGGAUGUGUGUGUGUCUGAUGCCCCCACAACCACCAACAUCGAGGCCUUUGACCCAGAUGAAGAACCUUAUGGAGGGCCUUUCACUUUUGAACUGUUGGGAAAUGUUGAAGGAAAAUGGAGACUGAAUCCUGGUUAUGGUUACACAGCUGGUCUGGUGAAGGAGCCCGGUGUGUCCUCUGGUCAACACACAAUUCAUCUAAAGAUCUCCGACAUGCAGGGAGCAUUUAAAGUUUACAACCUCAGUGUGACUGCAUGUGGCUGCACUGUGACACCAAACUGUCGAAUUCGCCAGAAAUCUGAAAUAAACAUUGGCCCUUAUGCUUUAUGCAUAAUAAUUUCUUCACUCUUACUACUUCUGUUUCUGCUGCUGCUGGCUCUCAGCACCUCGUCCAAAAGAGAGUUUUUUACUAUGGAGCCUGAAGAUUGUUCAGGAGGAAUCCUCCUCCAAUCAAACACUGAGGCACCAGGAGACAACUGCGAGAUUCCUGUCACUAUUAUGGAAGAACCAGUUUGUAUGGAGCAAUAUAAUCAAUCUAAUUUCCAUAUUCCACUGAAUGGGAUGAGAAAUGGGAGAUAUUCAGCAAGGGUGGGUAUGAAUGAAGUUCAGACUUUUGGCAGUUUUCGGAGUUUACGCUCACCACCUAGGGAUUUUACACAGAGGUCCAUCCACCCACGCUUUGGGGAUUUCAGAAGAGAAAGCCAAUACAGCCAAUACAGCUACACUGGGAACCAGUCAAACUGGAAUUCUCCAAUAACCACUGGCUUUGACAGCAGCCAUCAGUUUGAAGACAUGAGCAAUAUGAACGUCCUCCAAACACAAACCGUGAGCUGUGCUACGGAGUCUAAUGACAUGCAGGUUCAUCAGCUAACCUCUCUGCGGGCGAAAGAAGGGGACUUGCUAGACGAUGAGCUUCACAUCUAUUCAGAGCUAGACUCAGACACCAUCCCAGAGCUGGAGGCAAUCAGUAUUUCUGAAGAGGGCUCAUUUCAGGACACACUGGAAGAUCUGGGUCCAAAGUUUCACCAACUGGCUUCUAUAUGCAUGACAGCCAAGGACUCACAACCUAAGGAAAUCCACUCACCAUGUGAGAAUUUAAGAAGAGAAAGCCUGUCCUACCAACACAGCUACCCUCAGAACCAGUCAGACGGGAAUUCUCCAAUAACCACUGGCUAUGACAGCAGCCAUCAGUUUGAUGAUAUGGGCAACAUGAACGUCCUCCAAUCACAAAACAUGAGCUGUGCUACGGAGUCCAUUGAACUCAUGCCAGUUCAUCAGAAGACAACCUCACUCCCAGAGAAAAAAGGGGACUUUGACAGAGACCUUCACAUCGACGCACAGGAGGGGGACUCCGAUGCCAUCUCAGAGCUGAAUAGGAUCAGUAUUUCUGAAGGUGGUUCAUAUCAGGACACACUGGAAGAUCUGGGCCCAAAGUGCCACAAACUCACUUCUAUUUGCAGCCCAACACAACGACAGGACUCAAGAUAUUACGACAUGUAAACAUUUCUGCUCCAAGUGUGAGGAAGAACAUUCAAUUCCUAUAUUCUAUUAGGAGGAGAGACUAAAAAGGGUUUGUGGCGACAACUUCUGCAGGAGAAAUGCUACAAGAGAGCCAUAUUGUUAAUCACAUAUUUAUUACUGUGCCACAUGCGUCUUCAGUUUUUAUAUCAAACUGGGGAAAGAAAAAAAAAAAACACAAAUCCAAAACAAGCAAAACCAAAACAAACCACAAAAGUACAGUUGUCCAUUUUGACAAACCUGGCUUCAGAACCCAUUUGGAUUACAUUUGAACAGCCAAGUAUGUGUAACUUUAUACAAACACAA